UCCGCGCUCAACCACCACGACGAACGGUCGCUCCCACACGCACGCAGUGUUUACAACUGUAACUUAAGCUACACCCGCGCGAACCGUAGCCUGAGAGACCGCGACAGCGGCCGCAGUGACAGUGUUAGCAGAGUGCAACGGUGGCCGGCGCGACGGAGGCUGUGCAAGGCAUGUUGAUGGCGGGCGCUCUGCCGGCCGAGCCCGAGGGGCUGCUGGCACUGGGCGCGCUGCCAGGCCAGAAAGACACCACCUGGACCAAGCUGUUUGUCGGGGGACUUCCGUACCACACAACUGACAAGAGUCUAAGAGAACACUUUGCAGUCUACGGCGACAUCGAGGAAGCGGUCGUCAUCACAGACAGACAGACCAGCAAAAGCAGAGGAUAUGGCUUCGUGAUAAUGGGAGACAGAGCGGCUGCGGAGAGGGCGUGUAAGGACCCAAACCCUAUCAUUGACGGGAGGAAAGCAAACGUCAACCUCGCUAUUCUAGGAGCCAAACCCAGAGGGAACCUGGCGCCAGGUUUCGGGUUAGCUGCAGCAGCUGCAGCGGGAGUACGCGCCGGGUACCAAACAGUUCUGCCAUCUCCAUACGGGUUGUCGCCGGGAUACAUGUACAGCACGCCGCAGUACAUGAACGCGAUGAGCGGGGUGGGGGCCGGCGUGGGCACGGGCGCGGGCGGCCUGGUGCAGCUGCCCCAGCUGCAGCACGCGGCCGCGGUGGCUGCCGCCAACCACCUCUACGAGUACCAGGCCGCCGCAGCGCAGGGCGCGGCCGCCUACCAGCAGCAGUACGCUGCGGCCGGGUUCGACCCCUACGCUACAGCCGCUGCAGCAGCAGCGGCAGCGGCUAGCGGCGCUGGCUACGUGUCCCCCUACUACACGCUGCCAGGCGGAGGCAUGCAGGCCCCCCUCCUGCCACCACUGCCCUACCCCCCACAGCUACAAGAAGCCAGGAUGCAGUAGGAUCGAUCAUACAGCUCGGUUACAUUACUGAUGACACGCUAAAUCAAUAAAAGUAUGUGGAAGGGAAUGAAAUUGAAGUAAAGUGCAGGCGAGGACAUGGACGGCGACAUAGUACAAGUUAGGGGCGUUAGCUCGUGUAGGUAGGUAUCAUUUAUACAUAGAGUGUAAGCUUAAUGGUAAUUGUAAUAUUCUGUUAUUCGUAAUUUAUUUUGUUGAUAUUUGUAAAUCUACAUGUUGAUAACUAUUUAUUAUGUGGAAGAUAAAUAAAAAUUGUUGAAUAUUUAACGACCGAAUCGAAUCUCUUAACUCCCGGAGCUUUCACAGUUGAAAACACAAGAUUCGGUCCGAUAUAUAGAAUUAUAUACAUUCAUUAUACCUUUAAAUGUAAGUAGAAUAAUAUUUUAAGUAGAUGCGUACUAAAGGAACAGUUAGCCAUAUUCGUGGCCAUCUUGCCUUAUAUAGAUGAAAUAUUGUACUUAGUUAUACAUAUAUUACACUAAAUUCUAUACACAUAUCAUCAAUUGUAUAAAUUAAAUAUCAGAGCGGCAUCACGCACUGAAUUGUCCAUAAUAGUGCAUUUCAUUCACAGUAAUUUUAAGCACAAUAACUAUUAUAUUUUAUGUAUUUCAUAAAUAUAAAAUGAACGUGAAUUCAUAAUAAAUACUUAAUAACUGUUAUAAUUACUUUAAAUUAUAAUAUCGUACUUAAUUUAGGUUAAUAUAAAAUGGAAAAUAAAUUUUUAAGGUACAUUGAAUGUUUUUUAAUCGUCUAUGAUGGCGG